AAACUACGCGUGUGCGCCCGGGACGCGCGAUCGCCAAGGCGAUUGCUCGGUGCCGAAGUACAUGAGGAGCCUUGCAUAGGGAUAUGAUCGCAUAGUACAGACUGGUUACAAAUGGUCUCGAUUUCGUAGAAAAGAGACUUGGUUCCUUAUAGAGAAGCUGCCGCGGAGACCGACUUGAGAUUCGACUUCCUGCACUCCGUAGCGGUAUGCAAAGAAGCCUCUUUGUCCUGAUGUCUUCAGAGAUACUAUGGAUCAGUCCGGAGUUCUCCUCUGGGUAAAAGCAGAACCUUUUAUAGUGGGUGCCUUGCAAGUCCCACCUCCAUCCAAAUUCAGUCUUCACUACCUCAGGAAGAUAGCCGCCUAUGUGCAGACGCGGGCCACAGAGGGCGCCUACCCACGCCUCUCCUGGUCUACAUGGAGGCACAUUGCAUGCGGAAAGCUGCAGCUGGCCAAGGAGCUAGCAUGGCUCUACUUUGAAAUAUUUGAUAACCUUUCGGUGAAGACACCCGAGGAUCGCCUGGAAUGGUCUGAGAUUUUGUCCAGCUGCACGACUGAAGAGGAGGUAGAAAAGCAAAGAAGUCAGCUUUCAGUGGACACGCUGCAGUUUCUGCUCUUCUUGUACAUCCAGCAGUUAAACAAGAUCUCCCUGCGGACAUCGUUGAUUGGGGAAGAGUGGCCCAGUUCCAGAAGCAGACCUCAGUCUCCUAGCCUCACUGAACGGGCCAGCUGUCACAGUAAGAACUGGAAUGACUACAGUCACCAGGCUUUCGUCUGCGACCAUCUGUCGGAUCUCCUCGAGCUGCUUCUCGACCCAGGCCAACUUAGCGCGUCCUUCCACUCAACCCACAGUAGUGUGCUGUCUCGAGAAGCCAUCCUGGCACUCAGCUUCCUCAUCGAAGGCACCGUGAGCAGAACCAGGAAGGUGUAUCCCCUUCAUGAACUUGCCCUGUGGCAACCGCUGCAUGCGGACAGUGGCUUCUCAAAGGUCUCCAAGACGUUCUCUCUCUGUAAGCUGGAAGCCUGGUUGAGAGCCUCUUUGACUACAAAUCCAUUUGGUCCAUCUGCUUGCCUCAAAUCUGGGAAGAAAUUGGCUUGGGCUCACCAAGUGGAAGGUACGACCAAAAGAGCAAAGAUUGCUUGCAAUACUCACGUGUCCCCUCCGCUGCACCGCAUGGUGGUAAUGAGCCAAGUUUACAAACAGACACUGGCCAAGAGCUCAGACACUCUAGUGGGAGCUCACGUCAGGGUUCAUCGCUGCAAUGAGUCUUUCAUAUAUCUGCUCUCCCCCUUGCGGUCCGUGACAAUUGAAAAAUGCAGAAAUAGCACCUUCGUGUUGGGUCCCGUGGAGACAGCUCUUCACCUACAUGACUGUGAGAACGUGGAAGUCAUUGCUGUUUGCCACCGACUGUCCAUCUCUUCCACAGCAGGCUGCACCUUUCACGUCUUGACGCCUUCACGCCCACUUAUUCUCUCUGGGAACCAAAGAGCGACUUUUGCCCCGUUUCAUACCCAUUACCCAAUGCUGGAGGACCACAUGGCCAGGACAGGCCUCGCUACGGUACCCAACUAUUGGGAUAACCCAAUGGUUGUGUGCAGAGAAAGCAGUGACACGAGCGUCUUCCAGCUCCUGCCACCGUGUGAGUUCUACGUCUUUAUUAUUCCCUUUGAGAUGGAAGGGGACACAGCAGAGAUACCCGGGGGUCUCCCCGCUGCCUACCAGAAAGCACUGGCUCAAAGGGAGGAGAAGAUUCAGGUCUGGCAGAAAACUGUGAAGGAGGCUCGUCUGACGAAGGAACAGAGGAAGCAGUUCCAGGUCCUUGUGGAGAACAAGUUCUAUGAAUGGUUGAUUAAUACAGGACACCGGCAACAGCUGGACAGCCUCGUCCCACACUCAGCAGCCUCCAAACAAGUGCCUGGAUAGGACCUGCAUGGACCACUGGGCUCUGGAAAAGUGAGGAAGAACGGAGGAUGGUGCCCACUGGAGACUGUAUUGGAAAGGGAGCCUUGCUGCCUGCGAGACCUCGGCCUUUUCCCUCUUUUUAACGCCCUUGUUGGUUCCUGUUCUGUGCGCACUUAGGUUGGAUUUUAGCUUCUGACUUUCAUAAAAACAUCUUACGUGUAGAAGGUUAGAAGACCCAUGCAUGUUGUGCCAAAUGGAGCACUGGGCAAGGCAGAUGUAUGUACACGUUAGUGUCUAAGUGGCUGAGUACAGCUCACAGGCUAACCUCAUGUUUUAGUUUGUAUGAUGAAAGGGUUUGGUCCUAGCAGAAAAAGUUGGCCAGGUGUGGUGGCACAUGCCUGACCCCUAGGAUUCGGAGACAGAGUCGGCGGAUCUGUGAGUUCCAGGCCAGCCUGGUCUACAUGGUGAGGACCCUGUGUCUCGAAAAACAAAACGAGUUGUCUGGUUCUUUGUAACUAUUUAAAAGGAAAUUUCUACUCCUUUUUAAAAAAGAGCGACAGUAUGGUCAGCUGAUAUAUAAAUAUAGCAGAGAUAGUUUUAUAAAAUGGUAUUUUAGGCCUUAAAGUAUAAAAUGCAUAUAAAAUUGUGUAAAAUUUUUUAUUUUUAUUUUUUACUUCAAAUUUCAAUAAACAAACUCUAAA